GAAAUCAAGUGCUGAUCGCCCACCUGCCUUCCUUGAGCGGCCAAGUGAACCGGAUCCGCUGCGGGCAGCUGGGCCGGCAACCUGUGGUGGCAGCUGUGGAUGCCGCGGGCGGCGUUUUAGUGGCGCCAUCGUUGGUGAAUGCCAAGCUGCCACCCAUCAAACUGCUGAAUCCGGGGGUGGGAGAGCAG